UCGAGCAUGGCAUCUCUGGGGCUGCAGAUCCUGGGCGUGGGGCUGGCCGUGCUGGGCUGGAUCGGGACCAUCUUGAUCUGCAUGCUGCCUCUGUGGAAGGUGUCGGCCUUCAUCGGCAACAACAUCGUGGUGGCUCAGUCCAUCUGGGAGGGUCUGUGGAUGACCUGCGUGGUGCAGAGCACCGGCCAGAUGCAGUGCAAGGUCUACGACUCGCUGCUGGCGCUGCCGCAGGACCUGCAGGCCGCCCGAGCCAUGGUGGUCAUCUCCAUCCUCUUCUCUCUGUUCGGGCUGCUUCUGUCCGUGGUGGGAGGGAAGUGCACCACCUGCGUCGGGGACCGUCGCACCAAGGCUUGGGUGGCCGUCGCCGCCGGCGUCUUCUUCAUCCUGAGCGGCAUCCUGUGCCUGGUGACCGUGUCUCUGCCAGCCAACACCAUCAUCAAGGACUUCUACAACCCCGUGGUGCCGGACGCUCAGCGGAGGGAGCUUGGCGCCUGCCUCUACAUCGGCUGGGGGGCUUCCGGGCUGCUGCUGAUCGGCGGGGCGCUCCUCUGCUGCCAGUGCCCCUCACCAGCCGAGCGCUACAGCGGCGCCAAGUACUCCCCGCCCAAAUCCACCACACCGGGGAAGGAAUUCGUCUGAGCUCCGGCGGCGCUCCAGGCGGGACUUUUCACACUCGACAAACCUGUUUUGCAAGUGACUCACUGUGUCUGACACAUCUUCAACGGGAUGAACAGACGUCACACUCUCGCUCUAUGUGUUCGUCGGCGUUUCUUCCGGUUUCUGUGGAAAGUCUGAACGAGUGAGCAGAUGACAGCUUGUAAGGUUUGAACUGUGGGUCACUGUUUGUCCCCCACAAACAAUCAGUAUCUGCAUCGCUGAACUUAUCCAGACUCAUAUUUGGAGAGUACACAAAUCCAUACGUUCAGCUCCGAGAACAUGUUUUUUCAGUGGCUCUCAUCUGCAUGCUCGACUUCAAAGAAUGAUCAAACAUUUAUUCAGUCAAACACCUGAGCAGAUUCCGCCCAACUGGGUUUCAAACCGUCCGACUCUUCCACCCAGCAGCAGGACUCAGAGUCAGUCAGAAGAAAGUCACUCUGGACGGUGUCUCUGAGGCAGCAUCAAUCCAGCAGCAGUGAGCUCCAACAAAAACCAUGAUCUCAUCACAUAUUCCUACUUGUCAUUCUAUCAUCAUAUUUGUGAUUUCUUUAUUGACUCAAUUUUUUUUAUUUUCUUAUAUCAAUUUCAAUGUUCUGUCACUACAAAUGUAUUUCUUUGCAACGGAACAUUUGUUUCACCGUUUCAUAAUUGUCUUUGUAA